AUGGCCCGCAGCGUAUACAGUCCCUCCCCUUCGCCAAGUUUCGACUCGGACCACUUCUCAGACUCUUCUGGCAUCGACGAUACUACUUCCUAUGGAGAACCUGCAGAGUUCGGCUCAUCCAUAUCACGACCAGGGUCGCCUGGACCCUCUCAACCUGAACAGCCAGUACCAGAAGACGAUGGGGAGGUGGAUACAAUGACAUGUUUAUGGGAGGAAUGCGGAAAAGUUUUCAAUCAUCUUCCGACACUCAUAGAACAUAUUCAUAAUGACCAUAUAGAAUGUGACAAGUCGUUCACGCGUUCGGAUGCGCUGGCAAAACACAUGCGCAUACAACACAACAUCUCUCCGCCGCUUCCUGGCCGAGGGGGAAACCGCAAACGCAAAAGGGAGGAGCCUGAUCCUAGUGGACAUGCGCCGGAGCCACCCUCGUUCGGUUACAGCACGUUCAAGGUUGAACCAAAUACCCACAUCGAUAUGCACAUGGGAGACGCUGAAGAAAGCCGUCUAUCGCCAAUGGAUCUCAAUGGAAGCGGUGCAGCCGCUGCUGCUCAAAGACCCAUCAGCCCCGACUAUAUAGAGUACGACGACACCGAAGACGACAUCCCUCCUCACCUGAUGGCUAGAGCAGACCCAGCAACCGGACUAAUAUGUGGAAGAACUCACGCAAUGGUCAAAUACCUGCUCAUGAAGGCGAAACACCGCUGGGUCCUUGAGCAGCAUGAAGCUCUUGUGGAGGAGCUUCGCGUACUUCGGUAUGAAGAGAAGUGUUGGAAAGAGCGAAAGGACGCUCUCAUGGAUGAGCUGUUGAGGUUACAUUUUGGGCCGCAGGCUGAAGAAUUGACUGGACCGCUUGUGAUGGCUGCUCAGAAUCACUAUGUUUAUCCUCCGGAUCGCGAUGAGUUGUAUCCGUGA